AAGCGAAAGAGAUAAAUUAUUUUCCUUGCUAGCGUGUUAGACAUACAUUUUGUCAAGCGCUAAAUGAUGUUGAUGUUCAUGUAAUGUUUGUGCAAAAUAAAACAGACAUCGAAUAUAUGAAAAUAUAACAUUAAGCUAGCUCUAGAUAGGUUCAUGCGUAGCUUGUGUGCGUAAUCAAUAUAGUACGUGUAAUGUAAGGAAAAUGACAAGAGCCACCUAACUGCGAUUAUUUUGUUCUGAAUAACAGCGAUAACGUGUCCUUACGAGCGUUUUGUACGAGCUUUUUUGUUCGUACGUUGGCGAGUGGGAAUUUCCCCACUGUGUGCCUUGACGUCAUCCUGAAAUCAGCGGUAUCAAGGCAGUUUAUCAUUCUUAACGUCUUUAGGCUACCAAAUAGAAAGGAUUCGCCAAAGUAAAAAUGCAGAGCACUGCCAACUACCUGUGGCUCAUCUCGGAUCUUCUCGGGCAAGGGGCUACAGCAAAUGUGUACCGUGGUAGGCACAAGAAAACAGGGGACCUUUAUGCCGUCAAAGUCUUCAAUAAUCUCAGCUUUCUGAGGCCUCUGGACGUCCAAAUGAGGGAGUUCGAGGUUCUGAAGAAACUCAACCACAAGAACAUUGUCAAACUCUUUGCUGUGGAAGAGGAGUCUAACACACGUCACAAAGUCCUGGUUAUGGAGUACUGUCCCUGUGGGAGUCUCUACACAGUUCUGGAGGAGUCUUCCAAUGCCUACGGACUACCAGAGGACGAGUUUCUCAUCGUGCUGCAGGAUGUAGUGGCAGGCAUGAACCACCUGAGGGAGUACGGCAUCGUGCACCGCGACAUCAAGCCAGGGAACAUCAUGCGUGUGAUCGGCGAGGACGGGAGGUCCGUCUACAAGCUCACAGACUUCGGAGCCGCCAGGGAGCUGGACGACGAUGAGCAGUUCGUCUCUCUCUACGGGACCGAGGAGUACUUGCACCCUGACAUGUACGAGCGGGCUGUGCUGAGGAAGGACCACCAGAAGAAGUACGGGGCCACAGUAGACCUGUGGAGCAUCGGUGUCACCUUCUACCACGCCGCCACAGGCAGCCUCCCAUUCCGACCCUACGAGGGGCCCCGCAGGAACAAGGAAGUGAUGUAUAAGAUCAUCACAGAGAAACCUUCCGGAACCAUCUCUGGCCAGCAGAAGUUCGAGAACGGCAAGAUUGAGUGGAGCACUGAGAUGCCUGUUUCUUGUAGCCUCUCCAAGGGCCUGCAGAGCCUUCUGACCCCGGUGCUGGCUAACAUCCUGGAGGCUGACCAGGAGAAGUGCUGGGGCUUCGACCAGUUCUUCGCCGAGACCAGCGACAUCCUCCAUCGCUGCGUUGUCUAUUUGUUCAGCCUGCAGCAGGCCACCCUCCACCACGUCUACAUCCACGAGUACAACACGGCGACACUGUUCCAGGAGCUUCUCUCACGGAGGACCAGCAUCCCCCCUCACCACCAGGAGCUGAUAUACGAGGGCCGCAGGCUGGUGCUGGAUCCAAACCGCCAGGCCCAGACCUUCCCCCGGACCACCCGGGACAACCCCAUCAUGCUGAUCAGCUCAGAAUGUGCGGCCACGGUGGGACUCAUCUUCGAAGAUCCGAGCCCUCCCAAAGUCCAGCCUCGCUAUGACCUGGAUCUGGACGCCAGCUAUGCCAAGACCUUUGCAGGUGACGUGGGCCACCUGUGGAAGACCUCCGAGUCCCUCUUGGUCUACCAGGAGCUGGUUCGCAAAGGAGUCCGCGGCCUGAUUGAGAUGAUGAAGGAAGAAUACAGUGAGAUAGUACACAAGAAGUCUGAAGUCAUUCACCUGUGCAACUACUGCAACCAGAUCCUGGAACGGACGGAGCAGCUGUGUGAGGUCCUGAUGCAGGCCACCAUGCUGUCGUCAGAAUACGACGAGAUCUCAGACAUGCGCAAGAAAGUCAUGAGAAUCUCUGGGUCUUUGGAACCCCUGGAGAGGACUACACAGGAGAUCAAGAGCAAGUUCAUGCCAGGGGGUCUGUUGACCGACACCUGGAUCCAGCAAGUUGGCACCCACCCUGGGGACAGAAAUGUGGAGAAGAUCAAAGUGCUGUUAGAUGCCAUCACCGCCAUCUACCACCAGUUCAAGAAGGACAAGGCAGAGAGACGUCUACCUUACAACGAAGAACAGAUCCAUAAAUUUGACAAACAGAAGCUGGUUCUCCACGCCACCCGGGCCAGGACUCUGUUCACUGAGGAGUGCGCCAUGAAGUACCGCCUCUUCAUCUCCAAGAGCGAGGAGUGGAUGAGAAAGGUCCAUCACGUGAGGAAGCAGCUGGUCGGCCUGUCCACUCAGUUCAACAGCAUUGAGAAAGACGUGUCCAUGGUGAUGGAGCGAGUCAUCAAGCUCCAGGAGCAGCUACCUCAGAAGGUGAUGCCUCUGGCAUCUGGUGGGAUCAAGCCCCAGGCCUACCUCAGCCAGAGCACCCUGGUGGAGAUGACCUUGGGGAUGAAGAAACUGAAAGAGGAAAUGGAGGGGGUUGUGAAAGAACUGGCAGAGAACAACCACUUCCUGGAAAGGUUUGGCACUUUGACACUGGAUGGGGGAUUGAGGAAUGUUGACCGUAUUUGAGACCCAAGCAAUCCCUUGUCUCUAUUCCACUACUCCCAACAACUUGGGAAAACAUGGGAGGUGAAGGUUAUGCAAUCGAUUGCCAAUUCUAUACAUAAAUAUAAAUGAUUGUGUAUAUAUUUUCUUUUGUUGUAAAUAGGUUCUAAGACUGUAAGAAGGGUUUAAUUGUAUUUUCUAUGGGCUUCCCUCCCGCUCCAACCCCACCCAUAAGCAGUUUCUGUUGAUCCGGUCACAAGAGAAACAUACUGUAAUUCCUUCGGUUGCUUCUUCCCUUCCUUAGUUUUUCAACCAUUUCUUAAUGUCAUUACUGCAGAGCGUUGUCAUGACGCCAUAUUAGUUGUUAGUUUUUUUUUUACUCACACAGAGAUGUAUUUAUAUCUCAGUGUGUGUGUGUGUGUGUAUUUAUAUAUAUACAUAUAUAUACAUAUAUAAAUACAUAUAUAUAUACAUAUAUGUAUAUAUAUAAUUCACACAAUUCUUAUUUGUAUUUUCUUACUACAUUAAAAAAAAAAAUCAUUAUUAUCUACAGGAUACAGCACCCCAAGUGUAAAUCUUAAACCUUGAUCAGAGUUCUAUUCAGAUCCAUUCUACAUGUUCUCUAUCGUAUUUAUGUGUAAUGAUUGAAAACCAUCCUUUUUGUUGGCUUUGGAACACAACCGCCAACCCCCCCCCCCUCUCCACAGUAAAAUCUGUAGUAUCGAAGUACUUACCCUUUUUACGCUUCAAUCAGAUGUGUUUACAGUGCAACAUCAGUUGUUACCAUGGGCCUUACACAGACAAGUCUGUGAACCAUCUGUGAACAAAAAGACUCAAAUGCGUCACACUUAGCAUUGCCACGCUCCUCGUGAAUGGCUUUUUGAAAAUGUCGGUCAGAAAAAACAGGGAAGACCUUUCACACUCUAUUAAAGCUAUAAUCGUUUGUUUUGUUGAUAAUCAUGCAAAAUGACAGGAGGUGGACUGUGUUAUAAAAUCUGUAGAUAAACAAGUAUAUUAUCA